GCGCAUUGCAGCCGGCAGCCUCUGGAAACCCCGCUGCCUCUCCGGAGGUGGGGGUGAGGGGGGUGCGGUUGGCCGCCCGCUCACCUGGGCCUCGCCGGACACCGCCCCCUCCUCCGCCCCCGCCCCCGUCCCGCGCCGGUAGAGGGCCGGGCAGCUCGGCGCUGCCCAGCCUGGGCCGCCCCCAGCAGCCGCGCGCCGCUCCCUCCUCCGCCUCCGUCUCAGCAGCCCCGGGCCGCCAUGACGGCUGCCGUGUUCUUCGGCUGCACCUGCAUCGCCUUCGGGCCGGCGCUCGCUCUCUACGUCUUCACCAUCGCAUCUGAUCCGCUGCGCAUCAUCUUCCUUAUCGCCGGAGCAUUCUUCUGGUUGGUGUCUCUGCUGCUCUCCUCCCUCAUUUGGUUCGUUGCAGUAACCCUUAGUAGCACCAAAGAUGAAUCAGUGCAGAAAGGUUUGCUUAUCUUUGGAGUAUUGUGUUCAGUCUUAAUCCAAGAGGUCUUCCGGUUUGCAUAUUAUAGACUUUUAAAAAAAGCAAAUAAGGGUUUGAUGACUAUAAGCCAAGAGGAGACAUCACCCAUUUCUAUAAGACAGCUGGCCUAUGUGUCUGGCUUAGGUUUUGGAAUUAUGAGUGGAGUAUUUUCCCUUGUUAAUAUCCUAUCUGAUUCCUUGGGACCGGGAAUAGUAGGCAUACAUGGAGAUCCUCCUCAGUUCUUCCUUGCAUCAGCUUUCAUGACUCUAGUUAUGGUUUUGCUUCAUGUCUUCUGGGGAGUUGUGUUUUUCGAUGCAUGUGAGACUAAAAACUGGUGGGCACUGAUCGUGGUCGUUGUGAGUCAUCUGCUGGUAUCGGGUCUGACCUUCCUGAAUCCCUAUUAUAAAGCAAGUUUAGCAGCAUCAUAUGUUAUCAUGCUAUUCAUGGGUACCUGGGCGUUCUUCACUGCUGGUGGCUCUUGUAGAAAUUUGAAACGAUGCCUAUUGUGCCGAGACAAGGACUUCCUUCUUUCUAACCAGCGUGCCAGAUAACAUCUGAGAAUUGGGACCUCCCUGAACAGAUUUUUGUGUUUUUAGAGGAAGCACAAGUGUGCCUUUUUCUAAAAUUCUUUUUCUUGUUGAAUUUAGAAGAAAAGAAAAUGCUAACUAAAUACGUGAUUCUCAUCUAAUAAGGCUUCUAUAUAGCAGCUGUCUGAAAUGCAUAUAUGAAUGAUAACUUCCUGGGGGAAGUCCAAAAAUAUAUGAAAGGAAUAUGUAGCUGUGUCUUUAUACAUUCAGUAUGGUUAAAUUAAUACAUCAAGAAUAUACUCUUUGCUGA